CUUAAUUUUCUUGCUCCUGCAUCGUGCGCAAGCCUCAUGGGAGCGUCUGAGACGCCUCGGUUCUGAAGGAGAGCUGAUGCCGUUCUCACUUCCGUCCGCCUUUCGUCGUUUCUUGUUCGAUGGAGGGGGCGCCUGUUGCUGGGCCUGUUGGGGCUGGGGUUGCUGGAGGUGCUGUUGCUGCUGAUCCAUUUGCAAAGCGGAGUGUAGGGACGGUGAGAGGUUGAGGUCGGUGUGAGGAGGGAGUAUGUGUGUCAUUUUUUUUGGUUUAUCCAGCUAUCAGCUUCCUAGUCCCUGCCUGCACACACGCACAGCAGCGGUGUUGUGCUCAGCACGAGCUCAGCGCGUUACUCGUCCCCAAUCUUAAUCCAGCCUUGCUUUGUGGAAGUUGCCGAGUGAUUCCCACGGUCUCAUUAGUCAUCCACACCACCAAUACCGGCACGGACCAGCGCCGCACUGCACAGCUCGUCCGCCUGCCAUGCACCACUCGAAUGCUUCAGAGUACACCCUGGCUUCCGUGCGUGUCGACGAGCAGGAAGAGGACUCAAGGACACCCCUAUUGCCCUCAACAGCAUCAGAUAACAAUAUCUAUGGGGCCAUCCCAAGCAUUUCGCACGAUCAACGGCCCACCUCCUCGCAGCUGCUCUUCAGCGCUGCCAUCAGGAUGGCAGUCGUGUUUGUAGCCAGUUCCCUUGUCCUUGGCGGCGUCCUCUGGAUUGCCCUGCCCACCCUCCAAGAUGACGACCGGGAGUCGCUUCACAUACCCACGUCAUUUGACGAUCUCCAAGCACUCAAUGCCCUGCUGAACAAGUACCGCGACAUCUAUCCUUACCGUAUCGUAAUCUGUUAUGUCACAACGUAUUUAUUUUUGCAAGCAUUUUCGCUACCCGGAUCUAUGUAUCUAUCCAUCCUCGGUGGAGCAGUAUGGGGGGUCCCACGUGCACUUCCGUUGGCAUGUACUUGUGUUGCGACGGGUGCUUCCCUCUGCUACCUCAUUAGCGCUGCGUUCGGUCCCGCCCUCCUUACAAUCCCGAGGUGGAAGUCCCACCUCGACAAAUGGUCUGUUAAGCUCGCAUCUCAGAAAGACAAUAUCUUCUCUUUCCUGAUCGUCCUCCGCAUCGCACCCCUGCCCCCGCAUUGGGUAAUAAAUGUCCUCUGUCCACACGUCGGAAUAGGGCUCGUUCCGUUCUGGAUAAGCACUUGGCUGGGCGUGUUUGGUGUCACGGUCAUCCACACGACGAUCGGCCGUGGCUUAAACGAAAUGACGUCGGCGGACGACUUCCAUCUCAUCUCCUGGAGGAACUUUUUCUUAUUAUCAGCGGUCGUUGUCGGCGUGUUGAUACCUGUUGGGCUGCGAACCUAUUUUAAACGGGAGGUGGCAUCGGCAGCAGAUAUCGAGGAAGCCGAUGAGCUGCUGGCAGAAGAUGGAGAUCGUGUCCUGGCUGUGUCGCCAGUAACACGUGUCAAGAAAACGGCGAUUCGACAGGCCGUCGACCCCACUGACGACGAGGGCAGUGAAGCAUCGAUAUCGCUGUUUGACGACAGCGGGGAUGAAGACGUCGUUCUAGAGGCUGGCCCGGCUGUCGUGCUCAAGCCGACAGAAGAAUGGAGACCCUCAGUUUAGUGACAGCAGCAGGCUGCCAGGCACUUGGUGUAUGUAUGCAUGUACAUGUAUGUAUGUAUGGACAUCUGUAGAUGUGGUAGUCUGUUUCCUUUUCCGGCGGUGCUUCGCGCGGGUGUUUCCGAUGAGGGGCAUUUAUUGCGAACCUAAAAGGAAGUUGCGG